AUGCUUGCCGUGGUCGUCGGCUUCACUUUUCUCGUAUCAUGGAUCGUUGCUUCAAUCCAUCGUAACCGCAAUUCCAGCUUGAAAGACAUCCCCAAUGCUCAUUUCUCCGCUCCCUAUUCACGCCUGUGGUUGCUGUCGCUCCGAUGGCGGAAUCUGGAGAAUCGGACUCGAAUUCAACUCCAUCGUCGCCUUGGUCCAGUCAUCCGGAUUGGACCCCGUGACGUGAGUGUGAAUUGCAUCGAUGACGGGGUUCGCACAAUCUACAGCAGCAAGUUCGACAAAGAUGAGUCCUUCUACCAUGAAUUGUUCGACCAGGUUGGCUAUAUGGUCACCAUGACAGGUAACGACGAGCACAGAGAGCGUAAACGUAUGCUUUCCCGCCCUUAUUCCAAUUCGUAUAUUCUCAACUCCCAGACCCUCGGCAGUGUUCUCUCCCGCGUAUCGAGGCACCUAAGGGAGAAAAUGGAAGAGUGGGCAAGCACUGGUACCUCUGUGAAUGUCUACCAGCAGGCAAAAUGCUGCACCCUUGACGUUGCCUCGGGCUGGCUCUUUGGCAGCGAGAACGCGACUGAUACUCUGCGAGACCCGGGCUUUGAGAACGACCUCACAACGUUGGCUGCCGCUGCAUCGGAAAUAGUCUCCGUGCGGACCACGCUCUACUGGCCGUUUACCUACUUUGCAAGCUUGGUUGGCAGCAGGCUGCCCAAUCCCGACGCCACUGGUCGAUGGCAAGCGUGGCUCACACGAGCGAUCACAGAUGCCUACAGGAGGCAUCCCACCAAGCCGUCUUCCACCGCGAGCCUGUAUGACAGUUUCUACGAUGCUUUCAAAGCCGCUAAUCCCAAGAUGCCUCGUAAUGAAAUGGCUUCUUUCAUUGCUGUUGAGUGCGAUGACCAUCUUUCGGCUAGCCACCUUGGCCUGGGAACUUUACUAGCAUAUACGAUGUAUGAGUUAUCACGACAUCCAGACUACCAGCGGGCGCUCCGGAAAGAGCUCCUCAGUCUGGCCGAACCUAGCGAUCAGAGCUUGGCCCAUCGCCUGGCAGCUUUACCAGUGCUUGAUGCUGUCGUUACCGAGACCAUGCGAACCAGGGCACCGUGUCCAGGCCCGUUUCCUCGUGUCGUGCCAGACUCUGGCUGCCGGCUCGCGGGCAAGUUUGACGUCCCCGGCGGCACCAUCGUUAGCUCCUCCGCCUGGGCCCUCCACUUUAAUCCGGUUCCCUUUCCGUCUCCAGAGGAAUGGCGACCGGGGAGGUGGCUCGAAGCAGAUAAGAACACGGUCGCAGAGAUGCGGAAGUGGGUUUGGACAUUUGGAAGCGGCGCGCGGGUGUGCAUUGGCACUCACUUCUCCAUGCGCGUCAUUGGGGAGCUGCUCGCAACAAUCUAUACGGAUUACGAGACAUACCUGGAUGAUGAAUUUAGAGGAAAUGUGGAACAGGUGGAUGCCUUUUCUGCGGGUCCUAUUGCAGGUUGUCUGAAGCUGAAAUUUCGACGGUACACAUAG